CCAUUCCUCAUCUAUUCCACUUUUUUAUGUCAUGUUCUGUCUCUCUCUCUGUUUCUCUUUCUCACUCAGGCUGAAACAAUUCAUUUCCAGAUCCCUCCAUCUCCCUCUCUUAACCAUCUGGGCUUGACUCUGUUGUGUAUUGGUUGUUCAUUGGCUGACUUACUCCCUCCCUCCCCUCUUUCCCCCCUCACCUCCCUCCACUCUGAACGCACUCUCUCUCUCCCAGGGAGAUCAGCCCUGCACUGGGCAUGCUCAGUAAACCACCUCUCCCUAACAAGAACGCUCAUUCGCUAUGGGGCCGCUGUGGACCUGCAGGACAACAAGGGCGAGACACCUCUAUUCCUCUCCGCCCUCCACGGUUGCUAUGAUACCGCCAGGCUCCUGCUCCUUAACGGCGCCAAUCUCGAACUGCACGACCGGAGGGGACGUCGUCCGAUCGAUGUGGCCAGAGAAGGGAUGCACCACCAGGUCCUGGAGCUCCUGUUGGCUCACCGAGUCCAGAGAGGGCCUGUUCCCAUGGAGCCGGCCAACGACAUGCUGUGGGAGGAGCGCGCUCUGAUGUACACUCCCUGGGUCGGAUCGCCGGGCCUGCCGGGGAGAAGCGCCUCCUUCUCUGGGGUCAUAGGACAUCGAGACAUGACCCCACCACCACAAAGUGAUUGGUCCAUGGGCCGAGUGCAGUACCCCGCCCAGCAGAACUGGCGACCACAGCUCAACCAAUCAACAACAGCGCUGGUCCCUCCGAGGGUCAUGGGCCGCUCACCUCGACCGAUCAGCACGUUACAGGAGGUGACCUCAGAGGCCGAGGAUGAGGAUCGCGAGCGGGUGCAGGACGUCCCCAGAGCGGUGACGCCUCACUUCCUCACACCCCAACCUGCGCCUCGGCAGCGCUCCUUCUCGUGCACCCAGCAUGCAUUGCAGCGUCGCUCCAGUGCCCCCCAGCCUGAGCCCAAUUACGUAAUAGUAACAGACAAAACUUUACCCAGCGAGCCCAUAGGAAGAGUGAUUGUUCCCCCUCCCACAGAUGCUGCCGCCCAACCAGAUCGUCAGCCAGUUGUAGAUAGCAACGACAAUCCCAGCAGAGUUGAGCAGGCGCCGACGAGCGCCACAAAUUCAGAGCAGAAGCCGAGGAGUGAGAGGCUGAACAACAGUGCCGACUCCACACAAACGGCCUUGUAGAGAAGAUGAGCAAGCAAUGAAUUUCCUCAGUUUUUUUCCAGCGCCUGUUUCCUUUCCAUUCAGUCCAUGACAUUAGCACCGAAAAACAAAUGAUUGGAACAAUACAGCAAUUUGCAGCGCUAUAGUAAGCUCUAAUGACUGGAAGGCCUGGGUUAUAGUAAGGUAUUAGAUGUAUUUUGUUGCUCAGCCCAAUGCAAAAACACAGGCCAAGCAACACAAUAUGAGGAAGUGAAGAAAGAUUACUUUUUAGGGCCCAAAACUGGAGGGAGUCCCAGAAUGUCUUGAUUAACUCAUCAUCGUGGCACCCAAACAAUUCCCCAACAUGCAUGUGUUUGGUAUUGUCUGAGAGAUUUGCUUGUUGUGUGUAAUUCAGGCUUUUUGCUGCAUCCCUGUCACAUCAGUAUGGAAAUCUUGGAGUCGAUCCUUCCCCGAUUACUUUGUUAAUUUUCUCGUUUAUGAUUUUUUUUUUUUCCUUGGUUUACUCCUUUGGAUUUACUGCCAGGCAGAUCUCAUUAUCCUAAUGUUGGUGGGUGUAAGAGAAACACACACACUUCAGGGAGGUGUCUUGUUCUUGAUAUCACCACAGCCAAACUGAUUUGCUGAACCUGACCAAUUACAACUUGUUGAGAUUAUUCAAAACAUUGCUAAACCUGCAUUGGGCACUUUUCUUUGCACAUGUUAUGCCAACCCAAAGCACGCAGAUAACAGACAGAAGAUAAAAAUGAUUUUGUAUCUGGAGACGCUCAGCACUCUUAUCUGUUCCAAAGAUUAACAGCUACUGCUUACUUUUAGUGCUUCUUGCACCAGUUCUUUCAUGGCUUAAUUAUCACUUUUUAUAAAACCACUUGACAACUUGUCUGUGUGAUGAAAGCCAGUGUGUGUGGCAGAAAUGCUAAACAGUUUUCUGAAUUUUUUGGUACCAAAUAUAUGCAUGUUGUCUUGACAUGUUACAGAUUGUGUUCACAUUAUAAAUGCAGUAUAUUAAAGUGUGACUUAAAAUACAUUUGUGUGUAUAAUUGCACAUACUGUAAUUGUCAAAAUCCUUGCUAAUACAUGCAAUAACCUGAUGACUUUUUUAAGUCAAACACACCUUCAAUUGAAUGUCAGUCUUG